AUGCGUCUGUCUACUCUCUUCGCUGGAGCAGCCUUGUUCUCAGGCUCGCGAGGCCUUAACAUCCUUCUGAACAACGAUGAUGGAUUCGGUUCUGCGAAUUUGAGAGAGACGUAUCGUCUUUUUAAAGAGAAGGGUCACAAUGUCUGGCUCGUUGCACCAGCUACAAAGCAGAGCGGCAAAGGCGGUACUUCUGACUUCACCACCGAAGGCAAUCUGACUGGUCCUUCUCAGUAUGACUUGAUUCCCAAGGGUGCACCUUCAGUUGGAAGUGAUCCAAACGAUAGCCAGAUCUGGUACUACAACGGCACACCCGCUGCAUGCACCUUUGUAGCUCUCGACUACGUCCUCCCUCGCUACGCCAACUUCAGCGUGCCAGACCUGGUAGUCACUGGUCCCAACUACGGUACCAACCUAGGUGGCUUCGUCUGGACGCUCUCCGGCACCGCAGGCGCAGCAUACGCCGCUACAAACCGUGGUAUUCCCGCAAUAGCCCUCUCAGCAAGCAACGCAGAACUCCCCUACACAGAACUCACCAACCGCACAAACCCAGCUACAUGGGCGGCCCAAGCCUCAGUCCGUUUCGUCGAGAACUUCAUCUCCACCGCCAAAGGGCCUAUUCUUCCCAUCGGUUACGGCGUGAAUGUGAAUCUUCCCGUCUUGACGGAAAAAGACCACGAUCCUGAGUUUGUGCAGACGAGAUUCACUGGUAACGCGCAUGUCAACGAAGCGGUGCUAGACCCUGAGAAGGGAACCUUUACGUGGGCUAACAUCAAGCCUUAUGCUGCGGGUGUGAAUGCUUGUAUCAAUGGAAACUGUUCGUUGCCGGGUGAGACGUAUGUUGUUGAGAAUGGGAAGGCGAGUGUGUCGUUUUAUACGGUUGAUUAUACUUCGCCUGAGACGGAGUAUACGGAGGGGCUUAUUGAUCGGGUUGCUUCUUUUAUAUAA